CUAGGCAACCUCAUCUCGGACCUCCGCAUCACCUCCGCAUCCAUCGUCGCCCUGGCCACACCACCUAUAGUUGCAGCCAUCAUGCAUGACUUCGAGCGCGUUACCCGUAACGUCGUCCGUACCUUCUACGACCCUCCGCCUACGAACGACUCCAACGAACCCAUAUGGCUGCUGGGCCAACGUUACGACCCCCGUCCUCCGCCAUCCAAGCCGACGCCUACUGAUUCCCCAUCCGCCGGGACGCCCACGCCCCAGUCCGAGCGCAACGAAGAUGAAAGCUGGAUAAGGACCAGCAUCGAAGAGACAGAGCGCAGAGAAGCUCCAAAUGGCGAGGAUCCGGCACAAUACGGCAACUGGCCUUCUGCCUUCCUCGACGACUUCGAGUCGCGCAUAUGGAUGACCUACCGCUCUGGCUUCACGGCCAUCCAGAAGAGCCAGGAUCCGAAGGCAACGAGCGCCAUGAGUUUUCGCGUGCGCAUGCAGAACCUCGCCUCACCUGGCUUCACAUCGGACACGGGCUUUGGGUGCAUGAUCAGGAGUGGGCAGUGCAUCCUCGCCAAUGCGCUGCAGAUACUACGUCUCGGGCGGGACUGGAGAUACCAAGAGAAGCCUGAUGCAAAGGAGCAUCAACAGAUACUCUCCAUGUUUGCCGACGAUCCGAAAGCGCCCUUUUCUAUCCAUCGCUUCGUCGAGCAUGGCGCUGCUGUAUGCGGAAAGUACCCUGGCGAGUGGUUUGGUCCCUCGGCAGCAGCACGUUGCAUACAAGAUCUAGUGCACAAGAAUAAGGAAGCUGGGCUGAGAGUGUACGUGUCAGGCGAUGGUGCUGAUGUGUAUGAGGAUAAGCUGAAGGAGAUCGCCAUGGAGGAUGACGGUGAAUGGCAGCCUACACUAAUCCUAGUCGGCACGAGGUUGGGCAUCGACAAGAUUACACCAGUAUACUGGGAAGCACUAAAGGCGAGCCUGCAGAUGAAGCAGAGUAUUGGUAUUGCAGGUGGCCGACCAUCAGCAUCACACUACUUUGUAGCCACGCAGGCGAACAACUUCUUCUACCUCGACCCCCACAGCACACGCCCACUGCUACCCUACCGCCCUCCUCCAUCGUCCACCGACAGCGAGGCAGGAGCGUCAUCUUCCACACUAGAAGCCUCAGCAACGUCCACCUCGUCAUCCACGACCAUUGUUCCUUCAUCAAACGCAUCAUAUUCCGCAGAAGAACUCGCAACCUGCCACACACGCCGCAUCCGCCGUCUUCAGAUCCGCGAGAUGGACCCCUCCAUGCUCCUUGCAUUCCUCAUAACAUCGAAGGAAGACUACGACAAUUGGAAAGAAGGCGUCCGCAGCGUGCAAGGUAAGAGCGUGGUUCACGUGCAAGACAAAGAGCCAGCGCCGCGAGGACAGGAAAGAGAGGGUGCUAUUGACGAAGUUGAAAGCUGGGAUGAGGAUGGCUUACAGUAG